GAGCAGUUGCAAAUACCAGUCUACAAGUACAAGCUAAAUUGUAUUGAGACUCUGUCCUCCUGGAGCAUAUGAAAAUGUGGUCAAUUCAGAUGCUCCUUUUCAGCUUUGCUUUGUUCAUGCAGUUCCAGUUCUCUUCAGCACAAAUCCUGUUUGGAAAUUGCACCACGAACAAUGACUGUGUACCACAAUCAACAUGCGUCGUAGCUGAUGCCCAGUGUCAGUGUAAUACCGGCUAUUUUCCACAGGAUGCUCCAGCUGGUGUUGAUGGACUUCCUCUAACCCUUUGUAUUCCGGCUCCAUGUAACCCCCUGGCUGACGAUGCUUGUGGUAAAAACGGAGAAUGUGUAGUUGAAAUCGGGGCAAUCUAUUGUAACUGUGAGGCAGGAUAUACAGGGAUCACUUGCGGAAGUUCGACCAUGACUACCACAACUAUGUCUACCACAACUACUUCAACUACUACCAGAAGACGUUUCAGGGGCGGACCUUUAAUUAUAGGUGGUGGUGCUGGUCUUCUCACUCUUGCUGCCUUAGCAGCUGCACUCGCUUCUUCCAGUGGUUAGGUGUAUCGAGAAGCAUUCUGAUUGGAUAAAACACAAUAAAUAAUACACAAUAUCUGGAUUGCAUAUGUCAGAUUGAGUAACAAUAAAUGAGCAGUUAUGAA